AUGGACGUAUUCUACGCCUACACCUACUCAACAGCGGGCUGGCUCUCGCUACAGAGUAUCGCCCUAAUUACCGUCCCUGAAAUGAUGACCACAAUGCUCGAACAAGAAAGCAGACAGCCAUCCUCAAUCGAAACCUACCUCUCCCGCUGCCUCGGCAUGAGCCUCCUCACAAUCGCCAUUCUAACCGUAAUGCUGACUGGCUCUAUCCCACUCACGGCCUCCAUCACCGACCCCGUGACAACCGACGACUCCGAUCCCAAGGCGCCCUACGCUGUGCCGACGAUGCAAGUGACCACCAUCUUCCAUUUCAUUUCGGCCGGGUAUGCGUACGCCUGGUUCGCGGAUAAGGGCCAAUUGGCGUUUGGAGUGGGAAUGGUGGUGUCGGGAGCGCUCGCCUCGUUGGGUAUCUGGUGUGCGCUUUUUGCGAGCAGUAAUGGGAAGAUUAGUCGGAAGACGGGGGCGGAUAAGAGAACUACAGGGUUCCCUUUUAAGAAUAAAGAGGCGGAGAAGAAGCAUGGGAAGGGGCUUUCCCACGAUCACCCUCCUCCACCACUCUCCCUCAUCCACAAUCGAAACAGCAAAAUGGUCUACAUCGCCAAAGAAGCCAUCAUCUUCUUCGUCAUCCUCGGCUGUGUGGUAGUUUCUGUCUUCGGUUACUCCAUCCAUUACCUUAUGACCAAUGGGUUCUACGGCGAGGAGAGGAACCUCGACUUCCCACCCGAACAGCGGAUAUACAUGCGGCAGUUACGGCUACGGGAUCUGCAUUGGAUGGCAAGAGAUCAUGGGAUUAAGAUUCAGAGCAAUACGUCGCCGGUCUAG